AUGGACCUCGCCCUCGAUAUCACAUCAGCAUGUCGAGUACGCGUACUGUUAGUCCCUGUGUCUCCCAUCAAAAAGUCGACAUUUUGGCAUCAUGUUGAACUUGUCCGAAAAUUCAGUCUUGUUCGUCUCGGGGAUGUUACGCCUGACCUCCAUAAAGGUGCAAAUGCCAAGUUCAGUAGCCAAGUGUUUCAAGAAGGACAAAUGCAUUUCCAAUUUGUGACAAAGUACAACCGAGAUCAUUGCCAUUUGGAAGAUUUUCAGCCACAUAGACGUAUCUUUGGUGUUAUUGGUAUCAUGGAUUGUCAAGAAUGGAAGGACAAAGACCUAAGUGAAGGGUAUAAAAAGUUUGUCGACAUGUUAAGCCAGUAUCCAACGGCAGUCGCUACGAGAUGCUUUGCUUUCGAUCCAAACGAAAAUCAACCAGAUGAUACCAAGGGACUCAUUAUGAUUCCCAAUGUAGGCAACAUGUCAUUCUAUAUGAGCACCAUGAUUUGUGAUUUUGCAAGCGAAAUUUUGGAUCAAUUUGCUUCCAUCGCAGAACGUAUUGAGAGCUUAAAGGUUUUGGAAUCACCCAUUCCUGCUGGAUAUAUACCAAGAAGUUUUGAUACCAGCAAUGGCAACAGUAGAAUGAUUCAGCCUCAACCUUCCAGCAGUUCACCUCAUCAGCCCAAUCGAAACUCCCAGCCUGUAGGACCAACACCCACAUCCUCUAUAUCUUCGUCUUUCCUCAAAAGAGCUUCUACCACAGCCGCCAAUUCUCGCAGGAGCCUUGCAUCCGCCAAUUCACCACCGACACCGAAGCCCUCCUUGUCUCGAUCUACUACAUUUACAGGAUCGCCCAUGACAGUCGCUGGUGACGCUGGCCGUACAUUGCAAAGAACACCUGGACGUAUCAAAAAGCUGCUGGCUGAUUUUUAUCUAUUGGCAGGAAGACUACCAGAUGCAGUCAAGCAUUACCAUGAAGCCAUUGCUAUGGCACAAAACUCGUACGACUACUUGUGGCUCGCUAGUGCCAAGGAAGGAUUAGCAUGCACAAAUAUACUAUUAGCAUUUCUUCAAGCAGAUACUGGUCAUAUUGUAUCGAGACAAGCACUAACAAAUGAAGAUGAUGCUGUUGCAGAUCCCACACCCACGAAUACCACGACAACACCGCCCAACGAAGAAAUCAAAAAGCCGCUUACUAUUGUCACUGAGAUCACUGAUAUGUAUGAAGAUUUACUGCAGAUCUAUGUCAAAGUCAACACAACCACCAGUAUUCCCAUCCCUAAACUCGUUUUUGCCGAAGCUUGCUUAAAGAUCGCGAGGUUUCUAAUGAUCAUCUUUUUGAACGGCGGAUGGAACGACACGUUACUGACGAAAAUAGUGCAAUCAUCACCAUCAGAGAGCAUUUUGAAGCGAGAAGGAAGAUUUAUGUCUGUUUCUGAUUUGAUAAAAUGCAAGGGAAGCGGGCUCGCUCGAUUUUCCAUUGCAAAAUGGAUUACCAAAAUCUGGAUUAUGGAUGUGGAUGAUAUGCCAAUGAUAGAUCAAAUCAAUGUCAUGACUCAAAUGUCUUCCGUCUUGUCCACGAUUGGCUAUCAUCGCAAAUCGGCGUGGUUUAUGUAUGAAACGUUGAACCGCAUGAUCCCGCUACUGAUUCAAGGUAGAGCCGCAAUGGCUAGCUCAGGUCCCAACAAAAAGGAAGCUGAGAAAGGAGAUGACGGCAUUUUGGAAGUGCUGAAGAGGAUAUGCGAAAUAUACGGUAUCGGUGAGAGUAAUGUACAAGACGGAGGCACGCUUCAAAUGAUGCAGAACAAGUUUAACAGCCACCAAGAAAAGACAGAUCAUGCAAUCAAGACAGAUAUUGUAGGCUUUGGCUGGGCUGUACUACAGAUUGAUAUUUUACGAGAAUGCAUUGUUAUUUCAGAGGCCAUCCAAGAUCAUGCCUCUAUGCUCUAUUAUACUACAGUGCUUUUAAAGAACCUCUACCAGCACAUUUCCAAAGAUGAGCAAAUCCGACUUGCUUCCUCGAUCCAGCGCAUAGUCAACAUCAGUAAAAGGUCCGGCCAAGUGGACAACAAUGUCAACUACUGGGGAUUCAACAUUGUAAAAUCGAUUCAGCCUAUCCCUCCCAUACCACGAAAAGCCAUCUACCAACAUCCGCUCUUGAUUGCCAAGGCAUUGGCUGCAUCGAAAGAAGGUCGCGCUAGCUCGGGUGACCCUUUCAUCUACAAUCCCUUUGCCAAAAAGAAGGACGACAAGCCUCAAAUCAACUUGAUAAAAGACGAAGUGUGCGAAUUCAAAGUGGUUUUGGCCAAUCCAUUUGGAUUUGAUUUGGAGCUGAGUAACGUUGUAUUAAGUACAUCUGGCAUUGAGUUCUCAGCUAUACCUACUGCGACAACUAUUCCUGCAAAUGAAACACUGGCUUUGAGACUGAUGGGUACACCUCUGGAAACUGGCUCUCUGGUCAUCCGUGGCUGCUUCAUCAAAAUUACCGGUUUUGCAGAGCAAGAAUUCUUGAACGAAAAACAAGAGGUGAAGAAGGUAGAACAGCCAAAGAACAGCAAAGACAUUGUGCAGCAGUCAAUUGAAUCAGAGCGAUACAAGUAUACCGGCCUUCAAGCACUGUCCAAAAGAUCAGGUCCAGAACACAAGCCUUUAGAGAAAGAGACAGCAGACGCUGCUACGCAGCAAGAAAGUUUAAAUGUCAUUGACGAUCAGCCUUUGCUAAAGAUCAGAUCCACCUCACUUUUGCACGGUGCAGUCAUGCUGUUUGAGGGAGAAAUGACGCAUCUGUCUAUCCAGGUGGAGAAUAUUGGCAACAUCCCUGUGGAUUUCCUGACCUUGUCCUUUACGGAUUCUACUACGAUUCACCCCAAACCUAUCAAUCCAGAACUACCAACCGAGGAACAGUACGAGAUUGAGCUGUACACCAAGGGAACACCUGUCUUUUCUUGGGAGGGCUCCAAGGCGGACAGUAAUCAAAUUGGCAAAAAGAUCAAUCUGCCUCCAGGUGAACACACAGAGAUCAUUGUGAAUAUUUACGGCAAGCAGGGAUGUACGGGUGGUGCCAUUCAUGUGGAUUACGGCUACUUGGAUAGAGCAAUCAAGGAUCAAUCAGAGAAAAUGUCAGGAGCGUCAGCAGCGAAUGACGAUCUGCCCGCCACCUUGUACACAAGACAGCUGUACUUGCCCAUCAUGAUUACCGUGUAUCAAAACUUGGAACCUUUGCAUUGGGAUGUUUUGUAUUUGCGAGAUAACAUGUCAGUGACAGAGUCUAUGGUCAACCAAGCACAAGAAAAGAUAGCAGGUCAGACUAUUCGACAAGUGGAAUCAGCCGAACAGCCAGUAGAGCAAUUGCUCGUAAUAACACAACAAGCCAACGACAAAGAUGACAAGAACCCUUACUGUUUGUUGACACUCGAUGUUAGAAAUACAUGGACCACACCAUUUGAUAUAGAAUUCACAGUGGAUAAUUCCAACGACAAGGAUGAUACGAGUGCAAACAGCUUGCUCAAGUCGGUGGUCACCAUACAACCAGCCCUCACCAAGCGAAUGGUGCUGCCGCUAAAGAAGCUGUUCCUCACGUCUGAAGAAAGGCUACAGCCGAUCCCAAGCUUUGAUCUGAACAAGCAAUUUGUCGUAUCUCAGGCACCCAAGAUGGCACCUGAGCAAGAACGUGCUCGACUGCAAAUGUUCUGGUACAGGGAGCAAUUGCUAUCUCGCGUCAAGGCUACCUGGCAAUGUAGAUCAAAUGGUCGUGGCGGUAUCAUCAAUUUAAGACCAUCGUUGCGAUUGACUGGCCUUCAAUUGAAUGUGCUCAAGAAACAAGAUAUUGAGUUCAUUGUAGACAUGUCAAAAGAGGGUGCAGAGACAACUGGACAUCGACAAUUUCGAUGUCGAGUGAAUUCUUUUGUACAUAUGAAUGUCACGAUUGCCAAUAGACAAGUGCGUCCUGUCAAGUUAAUACUUCGCGUGCAGCCAGUGCAGAGCUACAAUGAUGGCGCCAAGGAGUAUGACCUCACAGAGAAGCUUCUAAUGCAAGGUGUUUCUCAACUGGUCCUACCAGAGAUACCACCCAACGACGAGAUUACACAUGAGAUACCUCUUUGCUUCUUAUCGCGCGGUAAAUUUGAAUUCUUGUAUCAUGUAGAAGACGUGCACACGCGUGAAAUGUACUAUGAUCAUGAUUGGGCUUUUGUCAGUGUAUUGGAUGAAUAA